GUGAAGUUUAAUAUACUAGUUUUGUGUGAAUAACCUUUUUAUCAUGUAAUAAAUGAUGGUUUAUUUCUCUUAACUUAGUUAUAUAGAUAACUACAAUCAUAACAAAGCCAACAAAAAACCCUGACUCUUACUGAUAUAACAAACUUGACCCCGAUUGCAUUGUUAUCAGAACCACGAUCAUAUUAUUUACUUGAUAACGCGCCUGAUGCCCAAGAAUUACAUGAACAACAGCCAGAGGUUAUUUUCUCUAUUCCACCUGAUCCCAGUAGCCUACCAAAAAAUCACAAGGCUGACUACACUUUGCUUACGUUCUUAAUAAAUAACAGUUCCAUGGCGUCCUUGUUAAAGAAUGGAAACUAUACUGAAUUGAACACUAAUCAUCUGAAGAAGGCAAACUAUGAUUGGCUAACAAAUCCACAAGCAAGAUAUGCAGUAUCUCAAAUGUUUGCUGGAUGUAUACUCUUGGAUGGAACAAAAGCUAUCAUAAUCAACUGUGUCGAGUCUUACGGAAGAAAAAAAGAAGAUCUCAAUUCAUCAAUCCCAGAUUUGAGCUACCAUUACAAGCAAGCCUGUGUCAAACUUUUUGAAUCGGACAACUCAAGUAAGCUCGUAAUUAGACUCUUUAGCUGUAACCUACUUAUUACAUCUAGUUGUACGCUCUCAAAAUAUCCUGUGAUUUACGUCGGUCCAUCUACCAAUAGCUUCACUCCUUCAAAGAAUACAAAAAUAUUCCUUCAUGAAAAAUAUGUAGAAAUGGCAGACAAACUAUUCAAUGAUAACGGUUGCUCUCAACUUUACUCUCAUAAUAUACUGAAUCAAUGCAAACAAGAAAUUACAUUGAAUAUACUUGAAUCAUCUAAAAAUCUUGUUAAUCCUUUUAUCGAAAAGAAAACAUUGGAUAAUUUUCAAGAUAAAGGAGGACAACUUGCAGCUACAGUUAAAGAAAUGUUAAAACUCCUUGGCAAAAAUGAAUGUAUCGCCAUAAUUGAUAACAAGGAUCUGGACAAACAUCUCCGAUCAAUUACUCAAUCAAUGAGCUCCUCCUUAUGUACUGCGAAUGAAACGGUAAAAGAGAGAUUGACUAAGAAGUUUUUCUAA